AGAAAACGUGAAGCCACUUCCCGUGAUGAGAGCUGCUGACUGACUGGGGAUUGAGCUCUGAGCCUGGGAUGCGUGAGCCAGUUUCUCUUAUCAUUCCCAUGGCCAUGAAUUCUCUACUCCCACUUUCGUUUCUGUGUGCCUUGGCCCUGGCGAUUUCCCUCCACUUCCGAGCUGCUGCCGCUACUGCGGCUUACCCCACCAUCCCCGGCACCGAUUCCGUUGACUGCUCCAUCACCAGCGGCGAUUCUGUUCUUAUUCCUCCUCGCCGAGAAGUCUAUGAUAAUGGUCGAAUAUUCGAUAUCACUCACAAGUACGUCCCCGACAUGCCAGUCUGGGAGUCUAGCUAUGGCCUUGGUCGACACUUCCUCUGGCUCGAGAAAAGCAUGAAAAAUGGUUCUCGCGCGAAUAGCUCGGCUAUGAAGCUGGGGGUUCACACUGGUACCCAUGUCGAUGCGCCGAGCCACUUCUUUGACAACUACCUCGACGCCGGCUUUGACGUUAACUCGCUCGAUUUAGAAGUCCUUAAUGGCUAUGCUCUACUGGUCGAUGUUCCAAGGGAUACAAACAUAACUGCUGAAGUUAUGAAGUCCCUGAGUAUUCCUAGAGGUGUACGCCGUGUGCUCUUCAGAACAUUAAAUACUGACAGGCGGCUUAUGUUUAAGAAGGAAUUCGACACAAGUUAUGUAGGGUUCAAGGAGGAUGGAGCAAAAUGGCUGGUCCAGAAUACUGACAUUAAACUUGUAGGAGUUGAUUACUUAUCUGCUGCUGCUUAUGAUCAAUCAGUUGAAUCACAUCGUGUAUUUCUGGAAGGAAGGGAAACCAUUCUUGUGGAAGGCUUGAAGCUCGAUGAUAUCCUGGAAGGAAUAUAUACGCUUAACUGCUUGCCCCUUAGGUUGGUUGGUUCUGAGGCAUCACCAAUACGAUGCAUUCUUAUCAGAUAAUUAGUCCAUGAGUUUGAGGUGGCUGAACCUGGGAAUGAUUAAAUUGAUGCAGGAAACAAUGGGACGAAGGCUGACUUAUGUAGAUCACUAGUGUUUAUAUGAAGCGGGAUGAUGCUUGAUACUUCCCCAAACUAUCAUCUUUUUGUUGGAAAAAGCAUGUUUUCCUUGCACGAAGUUUAGGAAUGAGCUACACUGGCCUAUAAAUGGGGUGACUUAUAAUAUGCAAAUUAUGUGGGCCAAAUGAAAAAAAGGUUGUGUUCUUUUAUAUGCAGAUUGGAAUUUGGAAACUAAUAUGGCUCUCGUCCAUAGAUGUAAAAACUUUUCAGCAUAUUUUGUUUGAAUAAAUUAAGUAUGCGUUUGGUUUUUAA